AUGGCGGGGGAUACACAAGAUUCCACAAACUCUACGGUCAUGUCUGGGUCUACCUCAACGCCUGAAUCAGCCGGUUCGGAAAUAUCAAGCACGAGCUCUAAGAAACGAGGUGUACGAGGAGCAAGAUUCGAUGCGAGAGGUCUUCGGAAGAGCGUCCUUGCAUGGCCUGCUCGGCAACAGGAACUGAGUGCGUGGUUUCAGCGCGGACCGCCAAAGGGCUACAUUCAAGCGCUCGAACAGAGAUGGUACCGCUCGGAAUCAAUCCUAGCCGUCUUGAUGUCCUCUCCCCAUCCUGCCGCUCGAGCCGUAGUUGGCCUGCUGCAGGAAGAUCCGCUCGCCCGCGAGGUCUUACAAGACGUGAAUGUCGGCCCUCUGGGUGCCUCAGGCCGCGCGGCUCUGACCGAACGCGCUACGAUGAACGAGGUGCUCAGCUACCUUGCACAACACGAAGACUCGCUCUCCGCCUACGGCGCCGGGCGUGUGCCCAGCCGGCAUUCGCGCGCGACCCGCGAGGAAGUUUCCAGCCAGACCCCGCCGAUGUCGUUUCAAGACCUGGGUAGGUGGCAAGAUCGUCUUUCUGCCUAUCUCGCGUUUCCUCAAUACCCCGCUCCCCCCAAUGUGCAAAUAAAUACACAGGACUACGGUUAUCCCGGUGACGUGCCCGCGGCUGCGAGUCACAGCGCGCUGCCGAUGCUCAGUAUGAGCCCCUUGUACUCGACGGAACCUGCGCAUGACCGCCUGUUCAGCCCCUCUACCAUCUCAGAGACAGUCGACGCGUUCGGAUACCUGUCGGUUGACGAGAAUCAACAGCUUCGCUACCAUGGAAGGACCAGUGACCUGUCUGUUGUUGGUAGCGAACAGGGUUCAGACGGGCGAAGUGGCAUCUGGCAACUGCCUUCGGCUGGGACUCGUUGUGCAGUGUCCGAGGACGAUGCAAGGGCAGAUGACGUUCGAUUUCAACUGCCUUCCGGCGAAGAACAGGAACACCUUGUGACCGUGUACUUCACUCAUGUGCACCCUAUCUUUCCCUUGAUCAGCAAGCGGCAGUUUAUGCAGGAAUUCAGAAAUAGCCUCCAAGGUGGGACGCCGCCGCCGGAGACGCAAAGUCCAUGGAAGAGUCUCCUGUUUGCCGUCUUCGCACUUGCUGAACGGUACAAUGCGGCAAUGCAGGCCAGUCCUCCGGUCGAAGAUCCCUCGCGAGGCCGCGGCUUUGCCCAAGCAGCCCGGCAAAUCCAACUGGCAAGCCUCAAACACAGUCAUCCGUGGUUCUGCCAAGCUCUCAUACUUAUGAGCGUCGGAGAAUUCGUGAUAGAAGGAUCUUCCGAGCAGGCGUACAUAUUUAGUGGAAAUGCCAUCCGGAUGGCGUACGCCCUUGGCUUGCACCGCGACCCCGCGAAGUGGCGUGUCCAUGGCGAGGAGCUGUUCUCGGAGGAGGAGAAACAGAGCAGGAGGGUCACUUGGUGGGCGUGCUGCAUUGUCGACAGACGCCUGAGCGUGUUUUUGGGCCGGCCUAUCCAGAUACAGGAGAGUGAUCAUGAUGUCGCGUUGCCCACUAUGGUCGAGGACGAGGAGGCGGCGCUGUCCCAGGCAAUGGGCGACCACCCAGCUCCUCCUUCGAGUAUGCCUACCGCGCAAGGUGUUGCGGAGUGUUUCCGCGCCACUGCGUCUCUAUCUGCAAUCAUCGCGGACAUCGUGAGGGAGCUGUACGCCACCAAGAGCAUCACGCCGAACCCGCUUGGCACUAUCCAGGUCCUGGACGCGCGGCUGACGGGUUGGUACACCUCGUUGCCGGCGAGUUUGCUGUAUCACGCGUCGGCACAGCUGGCGACAGCGCCUCCACAUGUUAUUAUGCUGCAUAUCGAGUACUGGUAUGCUGUGAUGAUCCUGCAUCGUGCUAUUCUGCCCAAGGAGUUACGUGGCGAAGUUGCUUUGCACCGACAAGCCCCGACUCAAGAUAUGAUCCGGCACCUCGAGAGAUGUCAGACAGCAGCUGCCAAGAUUAGCUAUAUCGUGGAUGUCCAUCGAGAGGUCACCGGGUUGAGAUUCAAUCCCCCUUUCCUCACUUCGCAUAUUCUGAGCGCAGGCGUGACACAUGUUCUACUGCUCGGUCUACGUCCAAUGGAUGAAGUCGCCUCCCGCGGCCUCGCCCAAUGCCUCAUCGCACUGCAAUCCAUGGAGGCGUGGUGGCCCUCCGCGGAGAUCGCCAACGCGCUCCUGAAGGAGGUUAAACAGCGCUUCCUCGACCACCGCCGGGUCUCCCCCGGAGCUGAUCCGUACAGGCAGGGCUACGUCGCGGACCCGCUGCACAGCCAUACGAUGGCGCAGAUGCUCGGGCUCAAUAUGACGGCGAUGAGCGCGGGCGCGGGGAUGGCGCCGCCGCACCAUGCGUAUGGGUGGGUGCCUGAAGGGAUGUCUGUGGACGUGGGGGGUCCGGUCUCGCCGAUUGCGCGUGCCAGUACUAGUGGGCAGCCGAGCGCGCCUUUUGUGGAGGGCCAUCGCAGUGGGCGUGCAGUCCAGCCUGACAUGGACAUCGGUAAUGCAUGA